AACAGAGCUUAUAAUUUCAUCAUUCUACCGCGCCUUCUCGCUGUGACUACGGGUUCGAAUUCAGUAACCGACUGAAAUAGUUCAGUUGAGGGUUUUCAUCCUUCAAUUGCACUUGAUUGUUCGGUUUCGAGAUUCGCAGGCGGCUGUUUCCAAAGCAAAUCAAUGAUGGUUCUGCCGCUGCGGCCGAGCAAGUUCUAUGGCAGCAGCCUUCCGAGGCCUAGGGUUUACAAUGAUCUUAAAUUCAACUCAGAGAGAGUCGAUCCGCCGCUGGGUGUGAUGGCUCCAUUGUUGUCAUGGGCCAAGGACGCCCCCUGGUCCAUGGGCGGCCUCUCCCAUGGCAAGAAGCGCAUGGCAGGCAAGAUCGAGGGCAGCUUGAAAAAGCUUAGAGACGAGGAUGAAGAAGAUACCGUAAAGAAGAUCAGUGAAAGCGAGAAGGAAAAGGAGGGCAAAUCCCCUGCCAAAGCCUCUUUCGAGUCUGAAACCCCCAUGAGAGCCGGCUCCACACCUCUUCCUUACAAGAGCCCAGCGGAGUCCCAGCUAAUAAAGCAGAAAUGGGCGAGUGAAGACAGCCUGGAGGACGAGGAUUGCCCCACUGUUGUGCCGGAAUCCAUCGAAAAAUCCGAAAAGAAGCGUUCGCCUCAAGUUCGUAGACGGAUCCGAAGAUUGGGCGAGGCUUUUAAUGAACAAGCCCUAGCCGCUUCAGCUGAUCCUGGGUUCGAAUCCCCCAAAGUGCGUUCUGUAACUCGAUCCGCAUCGAAGAGGCAUGUCGAUAAGGAAUCAGAAGUGUUCGAUUAUGUGGCUGUUCCUGACAAGGUCAUGAAAUCGGCGUCCCCGAGGAGAAAUGUGAAAAAGAAAGGUGAGUCUGUUGAAUCUCCAGUGAGGCGUAGCGCCCGUACUGUGGCGGUGGCUUCUCAGCGGUUCGCCGCUUAAUGUUUGAGAUAUUGUUCUGCUGUUCCAUGUGACCUAGAGCCUUAAUCGCAUCUUACUGACACCUAGCUUUUCUUUUAGUGAAAUGUUGUUGAAGAAUUUGAUGUAAAUGUUGGUAUGAGCGUAAUGGCAGUCCUUCGCAUUGGAUGGUUUACGCUACUAAUUUCAAAUCUUAUUUCCCCACCCUAAAAUUUGGCAGCUCAA